UGAGAACCAGCAUCACCAUCGAAGAAUCCAGGAAGAUGUAGAUCUGGAACCGGAGGACACCAGAAGCCACUGGGACAAUAUGGACGAUUCACCACUGAGACAUGAAACAGGAGAAAAGGUCGAUUUCCAGCGCAGACUGCUGGAAACCAGCUGGAAAACCCAAAUAAACCCAGAACCUCCAGCAGAUUUAAGGAUGAAUGGAAAUGUCUUCCUGCGACAGACUGGCGACCUGUCCAGAUGACCCCGCCUCUCCUCUGCUCCUUCUGCCGGUCUGCUUAAGGUCGACGGUCAAUCAUCAUUUAAACAUCCGUUGACUUCAGGUUGUUGCUUCCAUCCAGCAGGUCUGACAUAAUUUACAGCUCUGUCUGUUUGUUACCACAAAAAUAAUCAGAGCCCAAAUUAACUCAAGUUUAGUGUCACUUUUCCAAAACCUGAGAUUUUCCUGAAGGAAAUUAAUGUAUAAAGAUUCACUAAAGACUGAAACAUCCAAGCAUCUUUUGGUUAAAAGGUAAAUGUGUCUUUUUUGUGUGGUAUGUAAACUUAUGGUUUUCUGCUAUAAUAAAAAAUGAAUAUAUGAUGGAGCUCCAUGCAAACAUUCCUACUCCAUUACCCAGAAUUCUCUGAUACCUAAAACCUUUAAUACAAAGAAAUGUACUUUAUUUCCCACAGUCAAUUAAAAAAGCCAUUUUCAUACUCUGAUGCAUCUGUUAUUGAAAUAUUUAGUUUGUUCUGUUUUUCCAGGAGUCCAUAGUGGAAAUGACUGAGACAAAAUGCUCUCAACCAAUCAGGUUGAACUGUGGGCCUCAGGAUGAAAAGAAGGAGACCAAGGCCUCUCUGGAGAAUCCUGCAGGUGAAGAACCAGAACUGCAACAGAUGAAAAAGGAACCAGAACCUAUACAGAUAAAAGAGGAAAAUAUAUUUUUUAAAAACACAACAGUAAAAUAUUUUCAUUUUACAAACUAAGCUAAAUGUUAGCUUGCUAUAAUUCACUGGAGAAACUUUGAAAACUUUGUAGAUUAUUGCUUCGUUCCACCGCGGGUCGGUGCGGUUCUUUAAUCUAUUUUCCAUCUGUCCAUUAUCAUUCACUCUUAUCCCCGGUGGAUUCACCAGGAGCGCUGGUCAACAGGCGUGGUCACCUGGACAGGUCACCAGUCCAUCACAGGGACAGACAGGACAAACAGUCAUGUGUAACUAAGGAGAAUUUUGAGACCAAUUAACCUGACAGUCAUGUUUUUGGAUGAGGAACCUGGAGCACCCAGAGAGAACCCACCAUGCAAACAGAAAGACCCCGGGCCGGGAAUCGAACCCAGGACCUUCUUCUUCCAAGGCAACUGUGCUGCCAACCGCACCACUUGUGUUUGUUUCCGUUGUAAAAGCGGCUUGUACACUCGACCCAUUCCUGGCGCCCCGAGUCCAACUGGCUGUAUAAACGCCUGAAUACGCCAGACCUUAAAAUCCCUAAACUUUAAGAUUUCAUUAUAUCAAAUUUACAUUUUUACAUUUCUUUCUUCAGUCAACGCUCUUCUCUUCUCAAACACAUUUUAGACCCUGUUUAUACAACAACGGCUCCAAAAACACUUCACAGAGUGAAAACACUUUAGAUAGAAAUGAUGUAGCAUGCAUGGCCUGUAGGAGGCAGUGAAACUUUCUAACGACAAAUUUUCAUUUAUUGUCUUCUGUUGUCAUUAUUUUGUAUGUAAAGUUUUGAUUUAUAAACUUAAAUUUAAUGUUAAACGUUCAGUUUUUUCUAUUCUCAGUAUUAUAGGUUUCCUGUUUAAGAUUUUUUAUAUAUGUGAAGGACUCAUUUUGGUUGUCAUGUUAUUCUUACUGACAAUCUUUAAAAAUCACUUAAUUCCUCCAUUGUGUUGAAUGUAUGGAAGAAAUUUUCUGUUGUUCCAUGUGGGGAAAUUCUGCUCUACCAGCAGCCAGUUAAAGACAAGUGGGAGAAAUUAUUCCAGAAACCACAGCUGAAAGUUGUUGCUACUUCUGUUCAGAGGUCAAAUUCAGUUUUUCAAUCACAUGUUUUUUUCCAAUCUGCCAUUGUUUCUGUUUUUGGCUAAUAAAUAUCAACUUUGUGUAGGUUUGUCCUGUUUUAUGCCGCAGCAGUGACCUUCGUUUCAAGUCAUAAACAUUACAUUUUAAUGUCUUUAAGGAUUUUGUUUGACAUAAAGACUAAUUCAUUUAUGUCAACUUUAUCUUUACUUGUUUUUAAAAUUAUUAUUGGAAAGUUGUAAAUAGCUGUAUGUGUUUGUAGCUGGAAGCGGAACCUAAAGGGUGGAAACUGUUUCUAGGGUAACUCUCUGUGUGGGACAUUCGGCGGAAGUAAACAACAAGGUGCUAGCAGUGUUAGCUUCCAGGCUUCCGUCUGUCUACCGUCGGUUAGAAGACGUUUUUUUCUGUGUGAGCUGAAUAUUUCAGUGUCUGCAGUAACAAUAUCGUCGGUUCAGCAUCAGAGAGAAUCCAUCAUAUAUCGACUAACUGCUGCUGGUGGAGAAACUUUCAGCAACGUCGUCCUUUAGGAGGAAGAGAUCGAUAAUCGGCCCAGACUGCUGGACACCUGCUGGAAAACCCAGAUCAUCUCAGAACCUGCCGAUGGAUGUCUCGUUACCAGGCAUCGGCAGAGGUGAAUGGCUGAAUGCUGAAGAGGAAACUCAGUCAGAACGCCAGCAGCAGCAUCUGGAUCAGCUGCAGCUGUUUGAUUGAUUUGUUGGACAGACCUGUUGCAGUAAUCAAUACGACUGAAGAUGAGGAGAGGAGGCAUGGAGUAACACGACAAACCGGCCGUACAAACCUCCAGGUCCGUUUCUGACUUGGAAGGUUUUCGCUGAUUCCUUCCUGGUGGAAGAGUGGAACUCUAUGACCAGAGAUGAAAGAGGAAUCAGAACCACAGCAGAUAACCGAGGCAAAAGAGGAACCAGAACCUUAUUCAAUCAAAGAAGAACAGAUUGAACUAUGGGUCUUUGAAAAUGAAGGGCAACUUUUAAUGAAGCAAGAGACCAACAACACUAUGACUCCUGUAACUCCUGCUGAUGACGAAAUAUUCCACAAUGGACCAGAACUGCAGCAGAUGAUGGGGACAAAACAAGAACUGGACCCUGUACUAAUUAAAGAAGAACCAGAAUCUAUUCAGAUUAAAGAACAGGAAGAACCAAUACUCGUGAAGAUUAAAGAAGAACCAGAACUUGUACAUAUUAAAGAGGAACCAGAACUAAUUAAAGUGGAACAUGAGGAUCUUGACAGUGAACAGGAGGAAAAGCAGCUGAUAGUGAAGCAGGAAACUGAAACAUGUGCUGCAUCUCCUACCUAUAAGCAACAAGAUAACAGUGAACCAGAACCAAACAAAACCAAAAUCCUCUUUGCGAACAAUCCUGAAGAUUGCCAACAUCAGCAGGAAAGCAACCAGAAAGACUCAGGAUCAAGUGGAGAUAAAGAUCCGCGGCCAGAGACUGAAAACCACCGGGCCAAUGUGGACAAAUCAGAACCAAAUGGUUUUAAAAGUAAUUUGAUCUCAUGUAAGGUAUGCGGCAGAAGUUUUGGUAGGUACAGGUACUUGGUAUCUCACAUGAGAAUUCACACAAACAAGAAGCCAUUUUUAUGUCUGACUUGUGGGAAAGGUUUCAUCAGACAACCUGACCUAAAGGUUCACAUGACACACCACACAGGUGAGAAGCCUUUCCAGUGUCUGACUUGCGGUAAAGCUUUUCCUAGGCAACCUGACCUAACUGUCCACGUUAGAACCCACACAGGUGAGAAGCCUUUCCAGUGUCUGGUUUGUGGUAAAGGUUUUAUCCAAAAAACCACCAUGUUGUGUCACAUGAGAACGCACACAGGUGAGAAACCUUUCCAGUGUCUAGACUGUGGUAAAGGUUUUAUCCAGAAAACUACCUUGAGGUAUCACAUGAGAACACACACAGGUGAGAAACCUUUUUCUUGUGAAUUGUGUGAUAAAUCUUUCCGACAGAGAAGUGAUUUGGCUUGUCACAUAAAAACUCACACAGAUGAGAAACCACAUCGUUGUGAAAAGUGUGGAAAGUCUUUUAGAAAGCGCAGCGAUUUAGCCAACCACACAUUAUCUCACACUGGGGAGAUGCCUUUCCCCUGUCUUACUUGUGGAAAAGGUUUUAAACAACAAUAUAAAUUGACUAUGCACAUGAAAGUUCACACGGGAGAUAAACCAUACAAUUGCGAAUUAUGUGAUAAAUCUUUCCGACAACGUAGUGAUUUGACCCGUCAUCUAAAAACUCACAAGCGUGUGAAGUUGUCAUCUUGUACAGUGUGUGGUAAGUUACUAAGUGAGUUCAGUAGUAUGCCUCGACACAUGAAAACUCACACUGGGGAGAAGGCGUAUCUCUGUAAAGUGUGUGAUAAAUCUUUCAUACAAAAAAGUGAUUUGGUUCGUCAUAUGCGAACACACAGGUGAGAAUGGGAAUCAUUCGCUGACAGAUUAUAAAAUUUCAGACAUGGAUUCUAUUGCUCCCAUUAUAGUAAUGGUGCGUUCAUACCAAACGCAUUACACGCCGCGAAAACGCGCCCCACACUUCAAGACGCGUGAAACCCGUUUGGUGUGAACGCACCAUUCAGGCUGUGUCUGGUAUGAAGAAACCUCUGGAGAAGUGCUCUGCUAGUAAGACGUGAGAGAAGCUGUGUGUCCAGUGGGAUGAAGGUAAAUGGCAUGAAACUCAACUCAGUUUAGAUCUUCUUGCUGUGUUUCCCCCCAGGCUUUAAAAACAACAGUUUCUUUGAAUCAAGGCUAAAUGCUGACUUAAGUAGAGUUGUCUAUGAUACAACUGAAACAUUGAUCAAUGUAUUUGAUGUAUAUUUGCUUUAUUUUGAUGAUGGCAUUUAACAAAAUGUAGUUUAUUGCUUGUUUCAUAAUUGGUUAUGGUGUUUUUAUCAUAUACAGUAAAGCACUAUAACCCUUCAUAUGCACUAUUGCUGAAAUUUGCUAUUCAGAAGACAAGAAUAAUUGAUAAUCUAAAGUAUCAGUGUUGUACCAAUAUGUCUUUUCAUGGACUUGCCCAACUUUCCGGUCUUGUUGACUUUAUUGUAUAAAACUGAUUGUGGCUGAAUUAAUGCAGUUUUCUCUCCUGAACCUCUGAACCUUUGUGUGAGCAUGAACUGUCCAUAUUAUUUCAAUAAAUUAAUCUUAAAAGAAUCA